UGAAGUUUGGCAAGUGCAGUUUGGUGUUUUCAGUUUCAAAACCGAAAACAUUUUGUGUGAAAUAAUUGUAACGGUGACGUAUAUCUAACUAGCAAGUCUCUUCUCUCUGCUUUUCCCAACCUCAACCUGUGCUUCAAACAUAUGGGACUGGAAAGCUCCGACAUGUCUUGUUUUAUUUCAGAUUUCGUGCAAAAGUACGGUGGCUACGCCGUAGUCGACGGCGGCUUUGCCACUGAACUCGAGAGACACGGUGCUAACCUCAACGACCCCCUAUGGAGCGCCAAAUGCCUUAUUAGUUCUCCUCACCUCGUCCGAAGGGUACACCUGGAUUAUCUAGACGCUGGGGCAAAUAUCAUAUUAACAGCAUCCUACCAGGCUACCAUUCAGGGUUUUGAGGCCAAGGGGUUGGCUACAGAAGAAGCGGAAUCAUUACUUAGGAGAAGUGUCGAGAUUGCCUGUGAGGCAAGGGAAAUUUAUUAUGACAAUUGUACCAAAGGUUCUUGGGAUCUUGUGGAAAACGGAAAUACAACAAGGCGUCCAGUUCUGGUUGCUGCUUCCAUUGGCAGCUAUGGGGCUUAUUUGGCUGAUGGCUCAGAGUAUAGUGGCGACUACGGCGAUGCGGUUACUCUCCAAAAGUUGAAGGAUUUUCACAGGAGAAGAUUACAGAUUCUGGCCGAAGCAGGAGCUGACUUGAUUGCAUUUGAGACGAUUCCAAAUAAGCUUGAAGCAAAGGCAUACGCUGAGCUGCUUGAAGAGGAAGCCAUAAAUAUUCCAGCAUGGUUUUCUUUCAAUUCCAAGGAUGGAAUAAAUGUGGUUAGUGGUGAUUCGAUAUUGGAAUGUGCAUCCAUUGCAGAUUCUUGCAGGCAAGUUGCCGCUGUUGGGAUCAACUGUACGCCUCCUAGAUUUAUCCAUGGACUUAUUCUCUCCAUCAGAAAGGUUACAAGUAAGCCAAUUGUCAUAUAUCCAAAUAGCGGUGAAACUUACGAUGCCCAGCUCAAGGAGUGGGUGAAAUCAAGUGGAGUAUCAGAUGAAGACUUUGUUUCAUACAUAGGCAAGUGGCACGAGGCAGGAGCUUCUCUUUUUGGUGGAUGCUGUAGGACUACUCCAAAUACUAUCAGAGCUAUAUCCGGAGUUCUCUCCAAUAAAUCCUCAUCCCCUUUUAAGAGCUAAACUGGAGAUUUGAAUGAUAUGAAACCGAGUCUGAGGAUCUGAUGAGAUCAGUCUUUUAAUCAACAAUAGCCUUGUAAUCCAAUGCCAUCUCUGUUUUGAAGUCCCUCCAAGUGGAUGCAACUUAGUCCUGUACUCUUAUAAAUGAAAUAAGAAUUUCUGCUUUCUUUUCGAA